CUCGCCCUAUCCUUUUCGACCGAUUGGAUCCAUUCACCUUCUUCCGUGCAUCUACCUCGCUCGCUCUGUCUCUCGCGAGAAUCCUCUCUUGGUCGCCAAGAACAGGGCGCCGCAGCCGCUACCGGCCGCCCUCUCCUCCGCCUCCGUCCACCGUGCCGUGCCGGCGCCUUCUCCACAUCGCCUUCGUGGCACCCGCCGGGCGUUCUUUUUCCCCAGCCGCAGCCGCCCCCCGCCGCCGGCCGAACCAACCCGACGCCCUAAGCCUUCCCUGGCUCUCUCUCAGGCGGCUCGCCGCCUGCACCUGCGAGCUGCGGCCCAUCUCCACCGCCCCGCUGCGCACGGAUCUACCCCCUUAUCGAUUUUGAAACAGACGGCAGCGCGGAUCUCUUGUUCCCACGCUCUGCUGCUAGAUGCACAUGGGUGCCGACGCCCUGCCGGCCGCCUGCUACGCCCUUCCGGUACUCGUCUCUUUGCUCACCAUCCGCUUAUUCUACGUGCUAUGGCGCAGCGGCCAACCAUCGUCGAAGCCGCGCGCCGGCGGAUUGCGUUGUCUCAUCGUCCUCGGCUCCGGAGGGCAUACAGCAGAAAUGAUGAAUAUUGUAACAACGCUUCAGAAGGAUAGGUUCACACCAAGAUUCUAUGUAGCUGCACUUACUGACAACAUGAGCCUUCAGAAGGCACAGGUCUAUGAAGAAUCGCUGAUUGAGAGUGGUGGAAAUAAGACUGUCGAGAAUGCCCAUUUCAUGCAGAUAUAUCGUAGUCGUGAAGUAGGCCAAUCUUAUAUCACCUCCAUCGCGACGACAUUGCUAGCCACAUUGCAUGCUAUGUGGCUAGUAAUAAGAAUCAGACCACAAGUGAUAUUUUGCAAUGGUCCAGGGACAUGCUUUCCUCUAUGUGUCUCGGCUUUCCUUUUGAAGGUGCUUGGUUUGGGAUGGUCCUCUAUUUUCUACAUUGAAAGUAUUGCAAGAGUGAAGAAGCUUUCGUUGAGCGGUUUACUGUUGUACAAGCUACGGAUAGCUGACCAGUUUUUCGUGCAGUGGCCCCAGCUGCGGCAAAAGUACCCUCGAGCAUGCUACGCAGGCCGUUUGAUGUGAGAGUGAGACUCAUCCAUAUCUGACAAUUGGAUGCUGCGUUUUUUUCAACUUGAAAGUCUGAUGAUGCUGACAAUCAGUUUGACACACAGAAUCGUGGUUGACUUAGAAAAGAAAUCCUUUACAGACAUUCAUACUUCAUACAUGGGGCAUGUUACUUUUUUUUUUUGAGACCAUGGGGCAUGUUAGUUUAAGAUAAUGUUUGUGGAUGAAAGUGAAUCAAAGUAGGCUCAUAGAAGUUACCUCUUCCAUAGUUCCAUCCUGUGUCUCAAUUGUGCCUGCCCCGUUUGACGAUUCUAAUAUAAUAUACAACAUGAAUUCAGCA